AUGGAGAAGGAAGCAUACCUCAAGAUCAAGGAGAAGCUAAUGCAAUGUGGUGUACAAUGUAUGGAGAACAAGAUGCACCAAACUCGGUGGCAGGCAAUGAAUCAACAUCAAAUACCGGAUCUUAACCAAACCACGGAGGAAGGUACCGGAGAGAAUGAAUGGCUACAAGAUGAUGAAGGUCUUAACCUAGCAAGAAGGUGGGAUGAGAUAAUCGCCACAGAAUUGGAGAAUCUCAGAACAGAGGGUAAUGGUCAAGAGCAAACUGUGUCACGCCAAAGGGGAAGGCCUCCCAGAAGACUCGCGAGGAUGAGAGUCCCAGCACCGUCUCAAGUCACGCUACCAUGCGAUCAAUGUGGAAGGACGGGACAUCAUAGCAGGAGCAUGUCCCAAUGUGCGAGCUAG